AUGGCAACAAUAAAAACAAAUGAAACUGAUAAUAGAUGGAAUUUUUUAGAUAACCAAAUAAAAGAAUAUUUAAAAGAAAAACAAGAAAAAGUAAAACAAAUUGGAAAUUCAUGGGAAUUUGUUGAACAAAUUUAUCCUCAUUACAAUAAAAUUGAUAAUAUUAAUUAUAAAAGAAUCGAUUUUAUUAGAGAUAUUAAACCAAUUUUUAUGGUAUGUAAAUAUUUUUUAUUUUUUAUUUUUUUUUUUUUUGAUGAAUUUUGCUAUAAACAUAAAAUUAAUCCGGAAAUAUAA